AUGGAGCUGCUGGAGGGCCAGCUCAUGGUGGCAGUGGAGCUGAUCAAGGUGAAAAUGGUGCUUCUCAAGGUGAAGGAGACAAGGAAGGAGACAAUGGUGAGGAGCCUGGAUAUGGCAACAUGGGAGCUGGCUGAGGUGAACACAGUGCUCAAGGCAGCCACUGUUGGGGUGACAGAGGAGAUGGCCACAUGUCUGAUCUUGGGAUGA